ACCCGCUUGAAAAUGGGCUGACCCGGUUCGUUAAAUGAAUCCAUUUUAAAGCAUUAUAACAGGAAUGGCUGGUCUUGGUCCUCGAGUGCUGCAGGUGCUGGAGUUCGCCAAUGCUCGUGCGCCGGAGCUGCAGGCUCUUCAGGAGCUCUCGCGUCACGAUGCAGUCCAUUCGCGAACGGAUGCAAAGCUGGAAACGCAGAAGAACCAGCGGAGACGCAGAGCCAACGCUUUCAAGUCAUACCAAAUGCCACAGAGGUUGCGAGCCACACCCAAGCCCAACCAGAGCGCAUUACGUUGUCGCAAGCACGAGCGUCGCCCUCACAAGUUGCUGCAAGCUCGCUCAGAUACAGAUUCAGAGCGGCCGCAGUGGUUGUCAACCCAUAUGUGGCACACCAAGCGCAUGACAAUGAGUGAGCAACAUGGCUACAUUUUAGCUCUUCACCGAGCAGACAAAAGCGUGUCCGCUGCAUUGCAGGCGGUGAGGAAAACGGCUACAUUGCAUGACUCCAGUUAUUGCGGGGUUAUUGAGCUCUUCGGUCUCCCUCAAAUGAUUUUGGAGGCACUGCAAUUGAUCUCGGAUCCCAAUGGAUCAGACUUCCAUGGCCUCCGGUUCUUAGCUGGAGCGGAGGAAGGCACCAGUAUGUUGUACCAUAGUGGGCAGUUUCCACAGGGGGCAAUCGCCCCAGUGACGUUCAUGUGGAGACCAUUGAAGAAAGACUAUGCAAGUGGAGAGUUUAAACUGCAUGAGGACUGGCAGAAUACCAAGAGGCAGUUGUGGCUUUGGGUACAUCCUGCAGCGUAUAUGGAGGCGGCGACGGCCAUUGCAGCAGCCUGUCAAGAGGUUGUUGGCGAUGAUGAAGAGGGCAUCGAAAUGCACGAUCGACGAGGACAACUGAGUCGCUUAAAAUUGCGUGGAAGACAGGCAGAUGAACUUAUGGCAAGGCUUGCUGGAGCGGUGGAGAUUGAUGAGCAAGAUCAGGAAGAUGAAGCUUCAGAUCACGAAGAUGGCUACACUGAAAAGGAGACUGUAGCUAUUUGCAGCAGCAGCAACCGACGGAACUUGCUGUGCGCUCUCCGCAACAAGAAACAGACUGACAAGCAGAGGGAUACGAUUUACUCUGUUGUAGUGAAAGACCCACGUCUUACACGGUGCCGAGAAGGCAAAUUAAGUCAUCCAUCUGCUCGUUCGGAGUCGGGGAUUUCGCUUCUUAAAGAACCGCCGGCCGGUGCUGUACCUCAAGUAGGUAUUGCCGUAAUUGAGAGUCCUUUGUCUGGACUGAGUCUGUCGUCGCUGGGCAAAGAUGCAGAGGAACCCGAGACGAAAAUGAUCCUGAAGGAGAUGCAGGCAUUGCUAGCCUGGACGACCAGCGGCUCCAAUGUAGACAACUCGAAAAAAGCUGGCAGUGCGAGUUACCCGAUCGUCACCAGUAAAAUUCAAUCGGAAGUUGAGACGCUAGACGACGAAGCUAUGAACGUGGAAGUAUCUCCGAGCUCGAUGCUCUGGUCAUUGUCCAAGAGACGUGAACUUGAGAACAACUUCUUGAAGGACCACCAGCUGAACGAAGAGGUAUACCGUCAGCGGAAGGAAGGCAUGUCCAGCAACAGUAUUGAUAUGCAUGUGAAAUCUCCACCCCUCCAUCUUCUGGCUAUCAGAAAGCGCGGGCCGUACCCUCAUACAAGCGGUUGGGAUCUGAUCUGCCCGCCAUCUAGCGCCCCUGGCUUGCUGAAGGCGUUAGUAUUUGGCGGAGCUCUAGUCGUCGGACUUGAGGAAGAUUUUGCUCUGUCUACGGUGCUACACCAACCGAGCUUUCCGUGCGAUUAUCCAGACACUCAAGCUGGACGAGCAUAUUGGAAGACUCGUGCGUGCGACCUAGAAACGGAACAGGCCAAGAAGCCCAAGUCGAAGCGGUUUAACUACAAAAAGCACGGUGUAGAGUCACCAUUCCAACCUCGAUGGGAGCUGCUCUUUGAGGCUACAGUAGAUGAAGAUACACAGAGUCCAUGUGUGCUUCGCGGGGAGAAGUACAUGAAGUCAUUCUUCUUCUACCGAUCGAGCAGCACUGCCACGGAGGACAAAGACAUAGCAUCCGGGGCUGAGUCCAUUGUGCCCGCACCAAUGCCAACGCUUGUUCGCGUUAUCGUCGUUGUCCCGAGACGAGGCAACGUUGAUGUCAACGCUAUGGUAAGUUGUAAAAGACGGUCUCUUCGUUGUGUAGGCUCUAACGUCUUGAUUUUUCUACUGGGAUCAGCUCUUCACACCUUCAGCCGACGACAUGGAACAUUUUCUCAAUGACAAGAACUGGAACGGCUACGAUGUUGUUCUGAGCAAGAAGAACAAGGCUGGGAUGUCCAAGACUAACGAGCGAUCUCUGAUCGGCUACGUGACGUCAGCGAUCUACGACCGGCCCAAGGGCGCUUUCCGCGCUGUCGGCUUCAUCGCUUGCGAACCACUUCAGCAACUCUUCCUUGCUAGCCAGGGUCAGAAGUUCGGGAAGAAGGGCCAUUACGCCCUUGCCAUGCUUCGAACUCCACAAGGUCGAAUGGUCCGCCCUGUGCUCGUCCAAGCCGAAGUCUAGAAAUCUUGCAGCAAGGAGACCUGACAAGCAGCACGCAAUAGCGGAUAGAAACUGUUGGUACGGAACUCUGUGGUUUCGGAUAGAUGCAAUAAUGCAAGACGCAUAUCUACUUACAAAUAGGCUCGCCAAGCAGACGAACAUGUUACUUGAUCCC